UCUUACAAAUGAUAUGCAAGUUUCAGAGGGAUGAAGUGAUUUUUCAAUGCCACACACCACCUUGUCUAAGGUGGUUGGGGAAAGAAAGUAGAUAUGAAGGAGCUUAGUGGGAGAGCAGUUGAAAUCCUGAGACAGGAGAAUAACUUCAGUUCAGAGCAGGUGAGGAAAUGAGAGGCUGAGUAGGAGGCCCAAGGUGGAGGGAAGCAGACUUUCUUAGCUGCUGUUAGUGGCUUGUAGGGAAGAUCGUCUGUUGGUAGAAGGAAGUCAGAAUAUAUAUACAGAGGGGUAAGUUUGCUAAGAACAGAGAUCAGCAAACAGCUUUGCUGAGAGAAAGGAACAUCUGCAAAUGACAUGCUGUUUCUGCAGUUUCUGUUGCUAGCUGUUCUCCUCCCAGGUGGUGACAAUGCAGACGAAUUUGGCCUUCUUCCACCAAGAGCAGCCCCGGAACACGUCUCAUUCCGUGUUAUCCAGACCGCAUCAUUUGCCAACCAAUCCUGGGCACAAUGUCAUGGCUCAGGAUGGCUGGACGAGUUGCAAACUCAUGGCUGGGAGCGUGAAUCAAACACAAUACGUUUCCUGCAUACCUGGUCCAAGGGCAACUUCAGCAAUAAGGAGUUCUUAUACCUAAACGUGUUAUUUCGUGCCUACAGCAUUGGAUUAAUGCAGGACAUUCAAGCCCGUGCUAGUCAAUAUCCCGUAGAAUAUCCCUUCGAGGUACAGAUGAAUGCAGGCUGUGAGCUGCAUUCUGGAGAGAGCCCCAAAAGCUUUUUUCAGGUAGCUUUCAAAGGAGCAGAUUUACUGAGUUUCCAAAAUACAACAUGGGUGCCAUCUCCAGACUGUGGGAGUUUGGCCCAAAGUGUCUGUGAUCUACUGAAUCAGUACGAAGGCAUUAAGGAAACAGUAUAUACUCUCCUAAGAAGCACCUGCCCCCGAUUUCUCUUGGGUCUCCUGGACUCAGGGAAGAUGUAUCUACAUAGGCAAGUGAGGCCAGAGGCCUGGCUGUCCAGUCGCCCCAGCCUUGGGUCUGGCCGGCUAUUGCUGGUUUGUCAUGUCUCCGGCUUCUACCCAAAGCCUGUUUGGGCGACAUGGAUGCGAAAUGAAGAGGAGCAACUGGGCACUGAAUAUGGUGAUAUUCUUCCUAAUGCUGAUGGGACAUGGUAUCUUCAAGUGACCCUGGAUGUGGCAUCUGAGGAGGCUGCUGGCCUGUCUUGUCGAGUGAGACACAGCAGCCUAGGAGGCCAGGACAUCAUCCUCUACUGGGGACACCACUUUUCCAUGAAUUGGAUUGCCUUGGUAGUAGUGGUGGUGAUCUUGGUGAUUCUAAUAGUCCUUGUAUUACGGUUUAAGAAGCACUGGUACCGAUUUGAGACAGGCACAUACAGCCGCUAAACUGGUGGAGGAUAAAACAAAUGAGAUGGUGUCCACUCUCCGGAAGCUGCAGUGUUUGCUUCCCCAAUCUGUCAAUGUUUCUUUUUCAUUGUUUUCGUUUCUUUAAAAAUAUUAAAAUAAAUUUUAUUGAUGUAUAAUUUACAGUAAAAUUUCAGUCUUUUUAAGUGUAUAAAACAAAGUUCUGUUAACUUUGACAAUUUUAUAAGCUCAUGUAAACAAAACCACAAUCAAGAUGUAAAAUUUCAUAACCCCUCAUACCUGUCUGUAGUCAAGCACACCACCAACCUGGCGUUCUUGCAAAUACUGAUAUACUUUAUGCCACUUAAGCUUAAAUGUGUAUUUUCUAUGAUUUUAUUAAGAUGGAAAUAAAUAUAUAUUGUCUUUUUUUGCCUU